UUUCACAACGUGGAGGGCACGUGGAGGCCCGAAUCGUUGGCCAUGUUUACCGUUAUUUAUUACGGUUUGUCGUGUUGGACGUACGGACUCAGUGUUAGCAGCGGUCUGUUUAUACCGGCGCUGCUGGUGGGCGCCGCCUGGGGUCGACUCGUGGGCAUCGGUAUGAAGGCGUUGUUUCCCACACAGGACUGGGUAUCUCCGGGAAAGUUUGCCCUAAUCGGCGCGGCGGCCAACUUGGGCGGCAUCGUUCGCAUGACCAUCAGUCUGACCGUAAUUUUGAUCGAGGCCACCGGGAAUCUGACCUUUGGCCUGCCCAUCAUGAUCACACUGAUUACGGCCAAAUGGGUGGGCGAUAUGUUCGGCGAAGGCAUAUACGAUAUACACAUACAGUUGUCGAGCAUACCGUUCCUGGGAUGGGAGCCCCCGUACGGCGCCUCCAAUAUAUACGCCUCCGAAGUGAUGUCCAGUCCUGUCACCACUUUUAAAGCGUGCGAAAAGGUAGGCGUAAUCAUUGACGCGCUGGAGUCCCAGUCCCACAAUGGGUUCCCCGUUGUAGACACUACUGUGGAUUCGUUUUGCGGCGCCGGCGCUAACGGGCGCCACUUCGAUAUGAACCAGUCGUAUAGCAUAGACUACGGCCACGAGACCACAUUCGGCCGCUACCGGGGGCUUGUAUUGCGGUGGCAAUUGAUUGUGAUGUUAAAGCAGCGGCUGUUCAAUGAGUACGAACAGGACUGGCAUACGUACAACUGGCAGACGUUCCGCGACGCCUACCCCCGAUACGAGUCCAUCGAGUCAGUGGUGGCCGACAUUACCGAUCGGGAGAGGGAGUACACCAUUGAUAUUAGGCCAGUGAUGAACCCGUCGGCCUACGCUGUGCAGCACACGGCGUCGUUGACCAGGAUUUUUCGCCUCUUUCGCGCCAUAGGUUUGCGCCAUUUGGUGGUCACCAAUGAUCGCAACGAAGUGAUAGGUAUUGUCACCCGUAAGGACAUCGCCCGAUACCGUAGCCGAUGGACGGGCGGCAAGUAUUUGUGGCACGAGUUGCAGAUCAGUCAUAAUUGAGUGGCCAGUAGUGCUGUGUCUGCCGCCGCCGGUAGUGAUGUCUGUCUGUGUGUGUUAUCAAUGCUUAAAUUUAUGAAUUACUUUAAAUAUUUUUAUACAAUAGUAUACUGUUGUCAACCCUCACAUAAAUUCUCAUUUAU